AUGUCACUGCCCACUGCAUACUCGUCGAGCACCUCGUCGCCCCGGGUUGGCUCUAUAUCGUCGGCGUCGAGCUCCAAUCUCGGCUCUCAGUCGUCCUUCACCACAGCCGCCUCGACCAACGGACCCAAGACCCCGGGACCGCUCUCCCCCGCGCUCGCGGCAUCUUCGAUGCCUCCGUCCCACGGCCAGGGCCCUUACGAACAUUACCCAGCAAUGAACAGUCAGGGAAGCGAGAUGUAUUACCCUCAGCACAUGUCCACCGGUCAGGCACCGCCGCCGCAGACUGUUACAUCUCCUUACACCCACCAGCACCCGCACCAGCAUCAACAUCCGCACCCGCACUCCCAGCCCCCCCUGUUGCAGCCCGGCCCUGGUCAGUAUCCUGCUCCCCAGUACGGGAGCCAGUACGGCUACACCAAUGGCCUGACGCCUCCUGCGGGACCGCCGGUUUCCAACCCGAUGAACGCACCACAGCCUGUCCUGCCGCUUCCGGGCGUCAGCCAACAGGGCAUGGGCGCGUCUUCGUACUCGGCUGGGUUCGACACCACUGGCCAGAUUCAACCUCCUGGCAUGAAGCCUCGCGUUACGGCGACGCUGUGGGAAGACGAGGGUUCGCUUUGUUUCCAAGUUGAAGCUAGGGGCAUCUGUGUCGCCCGUAGGGAAGAUAAUGCUAUGAUCAACGGGACGAAGCUACUCAACGUGGCGGGCAUGACACGCGGCCGACGCGACGGCAUUCUUAAGAGUGAGAAGGUUCGCCAUGUCGUCAAGAUCGGCCCCAUGCAUCUGAAGGGAGUGUGGAUCCCGUAUGACCGGGCGCUCGAUUUUGCAAACAAGGAGAAGAUCACGGAGCUCCUCUACCCCCUAUUCGUGCACAACAUUGGUAGCCUGCUCUGCCCACCGGGCACCGCCGUUGGGAGUCGCACCAACCAGGUGAUGGCAGCGGCUGCGCAGAGGAAACAAGAUAACAUGCGGCCUUCUCAGCCCGCCCCAGGGUUGCCGUCGCUGCAGCAGCACCACCACCCCUUGGCGCUGCCCGGCCCCCACUCCGGGAUUCCCCCCCAUCAUACCGUUGUUCGUCCGUCGUUGGAUCGCGCCCAUUCGUUCCCCACGCCGCCCGCCAGUGCUUCGACCGUGAUGGGGAGCAUGGGUGGCUCGGACAACUUCCAGUGGAAUCAACAGGGCAUGGGCAACGGCCAAGGACCUAACCAGAUCUCGAUCGACACCAGCCUAAGUCAUAGUGCCGCCCGCUCGCUACCUAACACACCGGCAGCCACCCCGCCCGGCUCCUCGAUCCAAAGCAUGCAGAACUACCCGCCGGCCACCCAGGCGUACGAGAACUCGCGCCAUCUGUACCAGGCGCCGUCCGCGCCGGCGUCUUCCACUUACCCACCCCCGAACCCGGCCCCUCAAGGAAGGCCCAUGUACCCGAUCAACAACUACGUCAAGAGCGAGAUGGGCCCCCCGUCAAAUCGCGCCGCUGGCCCGAACGGUGAGCACGUCGAGACGAAGCCGGCGAACGGCAUCAUGCAUGCCGGCCAAGCGGAGGCCGGAACGGGAGCCGAGGAGGAAGCAGACCACGAGCAUGACGGCGAGUAUACUCACGACAGCGGAACGUACGACCCGAGCCGAAGCUCCUACAACUACAACGCCCCCCCCGUCGCCUCAUUACAAAACGAGCACUCCCACCUACCGACUGACAUGUCAGGCUCCCCGCACCAAUCCGGGUCCGGGCGCGCCACGCCCAGGACGGCGCCCGCCCCGCAACCCUACUAUGCACCGCAGGGAUACAGCACGCCGCCGCGUGUAGGGCAGACGUCGAGCAACCUGUACAGCGUCAUCAGCAACGAGCGGGGAUCUACCAGCGGCUCGUCGACCAACGAUGUCUACGCCAGCCAGGGUGACCUAUCAGGCUCGAUACAAAACGGGUACCAGACCCAAGCACCAACCCUAAACGGAGUGACCUCGACGAAGAGGCGGCGGGACGAUGAUGAUGACCAGGGUGACUUGAAGCGCCGGAAGCCCGUGCACGACGGUUCCGGUUCGAUCCCGUCCCCUACGUACAAUACGCAGAUGGCACAGCCGGCGACGGCGAUCCCAUCGCAGAGGCGCAGGUGA